GUAAUGUAAAUGUCAGUAAUGUAAUAUUAUAUUAUUGUAAAUGAUAAGUAAAAUAUACUAUAGUAACGGGAAAAGGUGUACAGAUGACUGUCCUAAACGACCGGACACAGGGAGGCUCAUCACUACUGGAAGGGACGGUUGAAGUCUUGGUUUACCGACGAAUCGUGAGGACCGGCGCCGGCAGUAGUUUCACAAUAGACGAGAGGGGUGUUGACGGUAAUGGACGGGGAGCUACCGGGCCUCGGGAUCACCACUUUUUUUUAGAUAAACAGAAAAUUAUGAUAUGCGACAAAAGACCGCUAAAUGUCUACAGAUAUCAGGUUAAGGAGGGGUUAGUCGCCGGAAAAGCCGACAAAAACGCCGGAUAUGCCUUGAAUUUGGGAGGAAAGUGGUGUCCG